AUGGAUCCCGGCACAGCUCUCGCGGUCGUCGGCCUUUUGCUCCAGGUUCUGAUAGGGAUCAAGGAGUAUUAUAAAUCUUGGAAGGACUGCGAUAACGGUGUCAAACAAUUCAUGGACGCACUCCAGCGGGCGGAGAAGGUGCUGGCACGCCUUCACACGACGCUGAAGAGGCCACAUCUCGAAGACGCUAUCGUGCCGACAAUCCGUGACGCGCGUGACGAUAUGGAGGAUCAUAUGGAAGCGAUGCUUAGGAAGUUCAAGAACGACGGUUCUCCUUCGACCAUGAUGCAAACCCUGAAGCAAUUGGGGCGCCGGGCUUGCUACCCCUUCCGCAAGAGCACCAUCUCAAGAUUCAUGGAGAUUAUUGAGGACGUCACCGGCAAGCUCAGACUUGCAAUUGAACUGCUUUCAUUGUGA